ACACACAUACAAAGGCACACACAAUGCCCAUAGACCAAUUUUGUUGUUGAGAAAGGUUUUGGUGGGCACAACACAAGUCACAGAACCCAUGAUGGACCCAGCACCAAAGAUCCCAUCUUCAGCAGCAUACAAAAGACUAGUCCCUCAACACACCAGCUUGUGGGGCGCUCAAUUCUACGAGAACAAUCCAGUUCACCACCCACACUGGCUUCGAACGACCUCCUUAGAAACUGAUCAGAACAAGGAGGCCGCUACAACUAAUAUUGCAGUAGCAGCAGCAGCAGAGAUGUUCCGGGCGCCCCAUGGCACCCUCAAUUUCCAUUCAUACCAGGAGGACACCAAUACCUACGAUGACGAAGACCCACCAGAUGAACCAAUCGUAGAAGAGAGGGACAACAUUGAAGCUGGUUACAGAGACGACCACCACCAACAACAACAAGAACAAGAACAAGAACAAGAACAAGAGAGAGAACACAUGUUCGAGAAGCCGUUGACGCCGAGCGACGUGGGAAAGCUCAACCGCCUUGUUAUACCGAAACAACAUGCUGAGAGGUACUUCCCACUCGGUGGCGGCGGCGGUGGUGGUGAGUCGGGUGGGGAGAAAGGGUUAUUGCUGAGUUUCGAAGACGAGUCAGGUAAGGCAUGGAGGUUCCGAUAUUCGUAUUGGAAUAGUAGUCAAAGCUAUGUGUUGACUAAAGGGUGGAGCCGCUUCGUGAAGGAGAAGCGGUUGGACGCCGGCGAUGUGGUAUUGUUCGAGAGGCAUAGGGUUAACGGGGAGAGGUUCUAUAUUCGUUGGAGGCGUCGUGCCGCUCCCGUCCAAGAUAGCGGAACCUUACCACUACCACCACAGCAUGAGGGCCCCUCACUUAUGGGCGCGUGGACCCGGGUCCUCUACUCCGGACCUGCACCUCCUCCUCCUCCUCUUCCUUCUCCUUCUCCUUCUCCUUAUCAUCAUUCUCAUCAUCAUUAUCAUCAUCAUCCAUCGCACUUUCAUGGUCAUCAUGGUCAUACUCAUGGAUCUCCUUCACCUAUUCUCUAUCAAGCUGACUUUCUUCACGCAGACAUAGCAACAACAAGGGCGCCCGUGGUUCAAAACCCGACAGCACCGGGGAACUGGAAGCGACUAAGGCUGUUCGGGGUGAAUCUAGACUGCCAGAUGCUGGACGACGCCCCGCAUCCAUACCCAUCACCCAUGCCCGAUGAUGAUGGUUCAUCACAAUCGAGUCACCACCACCUCUAUCCAACUCUUCUUCAACCUCCUCAAUCAGCUCACCAUGGUUCCAGCAUCUUCGUCACUGCUCACAAGGUACUAACUAGUACUACUUCUGGGCUAGCUACUUUCCUUUUCAUUUUGAUCCUCUUCUUCGAAUGCUGCUUGUUAUCUUUUUAA